UAUUUGUUCUGUGACCAUUCACAUGGAUUAGCUGCACGUUGUGUGUCGAUGAUACGGAUUGGUGGAAACUGCUCUGGAUAUAAACAUCAUGAACCAGUUUGCUACAAUGGCCGUUGUAUCAACGGCCGAUGUGUUCCACUGAAUAUUCAACAAGCCGUACACCAUCCGCUGAUACUGCCCAAGAAAGAACCAAAGAUAAUGUCAGUUCAAGCGGACUGUUACAACGAAAAUGAAUGUUGUUCAACAUGGGCGUCAGCCGGCGAAUGUGAACGAAAUCCGUCGUACAUGAACGAGUGGUGUAAAGUGGCUUGUAAAAUUUGUCAUCCUAAUUUCAAUCCUCUACUUGGUUGGUUCGCUUGCUCAUUGGAACGAAUCCUUUUCUCGCUUUAA